GAGGUAAAAGUAGAGUCAGUGCGCUUUCAGGCGUCUUCCAUCGAAGACCAUGAAGAUCGCUUGGCUCGUGCUGGCCUCUUGCGUGCUCGUCUUGGCGCACGCAUCUGUGCCAUAUUUCGAUGACGAACAAGGCUAUCCGGGUGCGGAAGAUGAUUAUUCUGAAAAUUCCGUGGACAGAUUCCUGCAACCUGCACAACAAAAACGAGCUUGUAUCCGAAGGGGCGGUAAUUGCGACCACAGACCCAACGAUUGUUGUUACAACAGCUCGUGCAGGUGCAACUUGUGGGGCUCGAAUUGUCGAUGCCAAAGAAUGGGCCUUUUCCAGAAAUGGGGCUAAACUACCAUAACUAAAAUAGUUGCACUUAUGACGGCCUAAUAGCUCAAAUUUUUUAACGCACAUUUUUCUUGAGUAACUAUUUCCCACAUACAAUGUUUAAACGAUAUUUUUGUUGCUAUUAGGUUGUUUGGAUCUAAACCUUUAAAUCGGACCAAAAAUUUUAAUCGUUCGUCUAGAAAUAAUUAUUUUUUUAUAUUUAUUUAUUUUCAAAGACUGACUUUUGUAGGAUCCUUGAAAAAAAAAAACACAGACAUUCUAGACUUUCGAUUGAAUUAAUUUUUGGUCCAGACCUUUUGCUAUGAAUCUAGGCUGACGAGUUAAACAAACAGUAUUUUAUUUAAAUUUGUUAUCAUAUAAUAAACUUAUUGUGUCAAAUAUUGAAACGUUUUUUAGUUGUUUUUAAAAGCUAUUGUCUGGAAAAUGAAACCUCAGAAGUCAUCACAGAAAAAAUGGCAGAAAAAAACUGUAUUUCACGUAUAAUAUGAGCUAGCUGCCUAUCUACUAAAAGUUAAUCCAGCCACACUCUUAGUAGAUCAAGGCAUGUCUAACUUAAAUAUUGUAAUUUUUUAUAGUAUCAUAACUUAGCUAUAAUACUAUAAAAACCCCAUUAAAUAUAAAAUAAAAUAUAAAUGUGUAUAGCCUGUAGGAUUAUUAUUAUGGCACUAAACUGAGCCUCAACUUUGUCAGUAGAAAAUUUAUCCUUAAAUAAGUUUGAGACUUAAAUUAUUUAUAUAUGUGAGAAGGGUACAACGUUCAGGAUUCUGUCAAUACAUAAAUAUAUCAAUUGGCCUAA